UAGAAUUUGGCUAGACAUCAUGUCUCUGACAUUGAACUAAGUCCUUUCUUUUUCAUCACGUAUGUGAAAGCCAUAACGAUGGGCAACGCGCCUUGUUCUAAGCGCGAACAAGUGGAAGUAACUCCUGAAGUUUUAGUCUGUAAAUUGAAAAGAGCCGCUUACAAAGGCUCAAAGAAGGAUCUUCGUGAAUUGUUGAAAGCUGGCGCCCCGAUCGAUGGUUGCCACCGAUUUGGGAAAACAGCUCUUCACGAGGCGGUCAGACAUGGGCAGUUUAGAUGUGUUGAGAUCUUACUGACUUAUAGAGCAAAUGUAAAUAUAGCGACCUAUGACGGGCUAACUCCUUUACAUGAAGCAGCAGAACAAGGAUUUGUGGACUGUUUGAUUGCGCUUAUAAACCAUGGCGCGGACGUGAACGCCGCAACGAGAAGUCAAUGGACUGCUUUACAUUACGCGGCGAGAAAUGGACACAAAGACUGCUUAGAAGUGCUCUUACAACAUGGGGCUAAUGUAAAUGCCACCGCAAAUGGUGGUUGGAGGCCUCUACACACGGCAGUACGCCAUGGACAUACAAUGUGUGUGGAGCUUCUACUACUUUAUAACGCAGAAGUUGAUCCUCCUUUAGUACCAUCUUGGAGGGUAAGUGAGCUGAAAGUUUACGACUACGCACGUUUUGAUGCGUCUUAUCGUAUUUAUUGAACAACCGUGAUUUAUUUCUUGUAGGGGAAAGUUUUCUUGCAGCGCAUUUCAUUUGCAUGUGUCUCUCAUGUUUAUUAGCUCGCCGAUAUUUUUUUUGUGUUCGAACUUCGCAGCUGGGGGGAGCGAGAGGCCAUGAAAGCUCUAAAUUUGAAAACGCGAACAUGUUUCUCGGCGAUGUCCGCCUGGUUUUACGGAUCGCUAAAUGAUAAUUACGGGGGCAGAUUUUAUAUUGCCCCAUUGAUCUUGAAGGGAAAAACUCUUGCAUCCCACUGUUUGAACUGACAAACCAGUGACCAUAUGACAGGCCCUGGCUGUUCCGUGAUUAAGCUAUGAACUCGUACGUAAUCAAGUAACCCUAUAAUUUUAAUUGCAGUUACAGAACUUCUGUUUAUGUUUUAAAAAGGUCGUUCACUCCGCAGGAGUCGUAAAAAUGUACAGGUAUUUGGUGUCCUCGGCAAGCAAAAAACACGAGAAAAGAUAUUUUUCUGUUUCAGAAAAACAUCUUACAAAAUUGGCCUUCUAUUGCGAGCGUAAUUAAUUUUUUUCAUUGAAUGGUUUAGCGUUUCCUUUGGCCCGUGUUGAAAUUUAUGCCCUUCCCAAAUAGGGAAUACUUCUUUGUUUUUAAGAAGCUGUUGGAUUUUCACUUAUCCGUAUUCUGAGUCUAGAAGUCUUAAAGACACCUAUCCUGUCUCCGCAAAGUCUAACUGUAUUGGGGUUUAUUGUAUUUUGUGACAGGUUGUACUAAAUAUAAUCCGUCAUUCCUGCGUCCUGUGAAACACUUUUAAUAGGCUUUGGAUUAUUUUCUCUCGACUCAUUCACGUCGGAGAAUUUAUGGAUCCGCGUUUAUACUGAGGGGAAAUCUUGUGGGAUAAUCAAGGUUUUCGAUUAAAUUCAUUUUGUCUGGCAAAGACCUGUAUUCGCGCGCUCUUUCAGAGACGGCGGCUGUCUGUUUCUUAAACUCGCAAUUUAUGCUCUUUCCUGCAGUAUUUGGCACUUUCUGUCAUAUUUUUUGAUUAAUGGCCACGGGCCAAUUGUAUUCUGUUGAAUGUCGAGCGCCUAUGGACGCACAACAUAUGCUUCUGAUUUGGAGCGCAGAAAUGGAAAUUUGAAAUAAGCUUAUACAUGCAUGUUGUUUUCCGGCACAUGAGAUCGAGAUUCGAAGUUCCAAUUGUGUAGGUUUUAUUCUAUGAAGUGCCCAAGAAUGCUCUAUAAAGGUGUGGUUUUAUAUUACUUCCAAUCAUUCGCGCUUCUAGAGAAUGUAGUCAUGACAAGUGCACUCAAGUGCCCAGAUUUGCCGUUUUCGUCCGACGAUAUUUUCUAUUCGCACCACCCAGGUAUAAAUUACAGAAAGGUCUUGUUUCUUCUCACGCGCACGAUGGAGGAGAAAUUGAUCAAGGUAAAAAGAAAAGAUUCGAACUUUUCGCAUGCAUCACGAGAGAACUGAAAGAUGGUUAUCUCUCAUGAGAUAAUAAAUUUCACUGCCAUGGGAUAUCACUCUUAUCACAAAGAGCGUGCAAAUUAUCCAAAAAAUGUAGCCCCCCAGACUGUUGCCUGACCUGGCUAUGUGCCUCUUGUAUAUUACUCAUAACUCAUGUGCUAGCUCAUAUUUAGCAAGAAGGUGUUAAGUUAUUUCGGAUUGAAAGGUAAUCAAGAUCGGAAAAAUCCAGUGUAAGGUUUCUGCCCUGAGGACUUGAAGAAAUAUGCAUGCCUGCUACAAAGCAAUCACUUUUUAAGAUUUUAAUAUUUCAGGGUGCUUAGGAGCUUUCAUUAAGUUCUUAUCUUCAGGCUGAUAUUGCUUCUGGGCUGUAACCAAACUCAUUCAAGAUUGGCUUGUUUUGAAUGCAUCUUUCUUGUUUAAGAAUUUUCACGGUAUUUAAAUGUCACCAUGUGCCACAAUAAGAAAUGAAUUCAGUCAUUCCUAGGUGUUUUUUUCUUUCCCUUAAACCAACUGCCAUUUUCUAGGGGAAACACCACCAAUUGAUUCAAGACAUUGUUUCAUGUUUUUGCAUCAGUUCGCCAAGACUUCAUGGUCUUUUUACUGUUCAAGGACUCGUAAUCUUCCUUCUGAUGAAGUUAACCUGCUAAAACUUCCCUGUGGUGAUAACAGUACCCCUAUUCGUUUAACACAAUGAGUUAAUUGCCGCAAACAUCCUCUCGUGCUAAGAAAUUAAAUUUGUUUAGAAGUAGGCUUGGCAGUAGUCAAUCGUCAUGGAGAUGUGCUCACCACAGCAGCUUGGUACUGCUGACAUACAGUAAAAGAACAGGGUGAGGGGGGGAUGGGGGUAAUGAAACAUGCAUGUUUAGUUUUCUAGGACACUCUUAUUUCUACUAGGAAGUAAAAAAUGGCAAAAAGUGUUUGCUUUUCUGGUAAAGAAUAACAUGUUUUGACUGGGUGAGUUUGCCAGGCUUGGAUAAAAUGUACAGUGCUUGAAUGAAGCUUUUCAAAGACACAAUAAUGUUGUUAUUGGCACACUAACACAAAACCUACUUGAUAGUCAUUGUAGUGGAAAUGGUACUAUGAACAAAAAAAAUAAUUUUUUUUAUUAAGAUCACCUGGCAGAGUUUUGCAAACAGGCUGUGGUUGAUUUCCCUGGAUUAUUGUGGCUUCUUAGUGCAAAGUUUACACCACCAUUCUAAAAACUACAGAAGGUUACAUUUCAUCUAAAUGCUUAUGGAAACUGUGUUUCAAGUCUUUAGAACGACUCUAAGAAUGUGCAUAGAAAUGUAAUCAGCACAAAGUUCUGUAGUCUGUUUUGUAUCAGUCUCACAAACACUGGUCAUAAAGGACUCUUAUCAGUGUCCUUGUUUUUCACUGAAGAUUGAAGUAGAACGGAAAAAAAUAAGGGUCUCUGUUGCAUUGUUUUGCCAGAUUCUGACCAUUUUUGGUAGCAAAGUGAACCAGCCGUGUUUUGGUAAAAUGUUUUUUAGGGGUACUGUUUUUUUUGGUUAUUCUUGAAAGAUUGAAAACAAACUAAAGCAUUGUAAACCUUUAAGGAACAGUUUGUUAUCUGAAAAUUUGACAAACUUUUUUAAUCAAAGGAGCCUGACAGUGAUAAAAGUUACUGCAAUACAAGUAGUACAAAAACAGUUUCAGGUGAUGCCGUAUCUCCCCAUUUUAUUCAAGCAGGUCUUUUGUCGUCAGUGUUGUUAUUAGUCCUACAUGGAUUUACCUUUCCUACAGUUUUCGUGUUUCAAACUGGUGUUAUUUUUAGCUGAAUUUGUGAACUUUAUGACCACGGUUGUCACUAAGAUUUCAAGUUGCUGGGUAAAUACAACAGGUAGGCAGGGAAUCAGACAGCUAGGGAUUUCUUUUGGUUGUAUUUUUCUUUUAUUUUCCAAUAACAGUAGCCAGGGACGACGCUCAUAGUAGCCGGGGAUAUCCCUGGUCCCUGGCUCCUAAUGACAGCCCUGUUUAUGACUGAGCUUUAGUGUCUCCUAGCAUGUCACUUCAAAGUUUAUUACUUUCUGUGUAAUUUUUUACAGCCUCAUAAUACUUUUAAAAUUGCUAAUGGUGCUUCAUGUAUUCCCAUGGAAGUCUUUUAUUUACUUGUUUGGUAUUUUUCUAGCAUUUCUUUGUUAGGACAAAAUUAAAGAGUUUUAGAUUGCCCCAGAGCAUCAACAAUUGAAAGUACUCUGCAUUUGAAAUAAGCAAAAAAAAAAUAGUGGUCUGAUAUAAAUAUAAAUAUAUGUAUAAGUUUUGCAAAAAUGCCUUUAAAAAAUAGUGGUCUGAUAUAAAUAUAAAUAUAUGUAUAAGUUUUGCUAAAAAUGCCUUGUUUCAGGAGAAUGAUUAUGAGUACCAAUGUUGGGACCAUUUAACUUUGUGGUUACCACAACAAUGGGAUUAGUUCAAGUGUUUGUUCGUCAACGCCCACAUGGAAAUACAUAUAGUGCAGUAUAGCAAGGACUUUACGUCACUGCUCCACUGCAUUUUCCUGUUAGAAAGAAAGCUAUUUUCAAAAAGCAGUGGGGUUUGGUUUUGAGUGAGCACUUUUAUUAGAGGCAGUUGAUGUUAUGUGAAAUAAUAAAUUAUUGCAUGCAUGUAUGUUGUGUGAAUAUGUCUAAUAAUUAUUAAAGCUGCAUAUGAUAGCUGUGCAAAAAUCUUAUUACAGAGGUUUUCCCUGUUCAGUAGCAGGUAACAUUUUUUGUAUUAUGUGUUACAAGAAUUAAAUUAUUUCAAGAAAUAUACCAAAUUUCCUGUUUUGUUAGAUUUUAUAAACCAAAUAGUGCCAAACGAAACUUCAAUCUGUAGUUACGUUAAAAUGGUGACAUCACAGGAUUUUGUUUGCUAUUAAAUAAACAAUUUAGUUGUAAGGGAAUGAAAACAGUUAUAUAAUGGCUUGCUUGAAUACAUUAUAACUACAUUAAGGAAAGUGUUUGGCAGUGGAUUCCAAAAUAGUGUUUUUAGACUGCGUUCUUUUAGAUAAUAGUUUACAUGGUAGAAACUGUGUUGGUUAGUUAUUUUUGGAGCUUAUGAUUUAAUUCCAAAUUUGAGUGGAUUACCUUUUCCUGAGGCUAGUGUUAUUUUGUUUAUUCAAUAAAGCUUAUCAUUUGUUGGUUGCGUGAAAUAAUUCAGAUAGGGGAAAAAGCGUUUUAAGCUGUUUCUCUAAAUUUAUCAAAUCUUUUUAGGUCAUUAAGAUAAAACAAUUAUUUCUACACAGUUCCCAGACUGGUUGCCCAUGUGUAGCUUUAAUUCCAAGCAUUUUUGGUAUAUCUUAGGGUAAAACUAAUCAUUAAGUGCAGUUCACCAAUUUUGCUUUUGCUGUGCCCUUUCUACUGUGAUGUUGGAUACUGGAAUUGUCAAAUUUCAGCCUCAUCUCUUCCUUUUCCAAGCAGGUCCUAAGAAUUUAUCAAAUGAGGUCUAUAGAUCCCAAAUUAUACCAAAUACUGUCCUGAACCAGGUGUUUAGUCAGUACAAGAAUGAGUUUAUCCCAUAAUCAAGAGAAAAUGUUCACUUAGGGGAAAAUGCUUUGAUCUUUUAUCAAAUUCUCAAAACUUAUUCUUUAUGGUAGUAUAUGACGAUCAGUCGGGAGAAUUUGCAUGUGGUUAGGGAUAUAAAAGAUCAAAGCAUUUUCCCUCAGGAUGAUAAACAUUUAUUGAUUCUCACAAACGUUUCUCUUGAUUAUGCAUUGAUGUAUUUGUUAAGAGAAAAUUGAUGUUGGUCACUCUUGUGACCAAGAGGGUUAAUUUGUAUGAAAACAUUACCGCAGUAGCCCGGGUACAUUUUGAAUAUGAUCCUAGAGGUAAAAUGGAUAUGGCUUUCAUUUAUAGCCAAGAUGCUGACAAUAAUUUGAGUUAGAGCCCUUAUUUUUGCAAAUUUUAGAUGGAUCAUCACUAAUUUGAUUUUGGGAAUAACAAUUUUUUUAUUCACAAACACAUUUAUACUGGAUAUUAAUGCACAAAGCUGUACAUUUUAAGUUUAAAUUACAGUGUGCUUUGUAUGUAGUUAUUUAAAGUAAAUUAACUUUUGUUAAGUUCAAGUUUUGUUCUGACAACUAAAACAAUAAAAUUAAUCAGCAAAUCUGUUUGAAGAAAAAACCGAUGUGGUGGGGAGACCCUAGGUGGUAAAUACCAACAUCUGUGUGAGGGGAGGGUUUAUAAAGGAUUUAGAUGAUCAUGGAGCAGGGUUGCUUACCCAGUGGAGGGUACUUAUUGGAGGAUUUACAUUUAAUCCUUGUAACGCCCAUUUUCCAUAAAAUCCCUUCUCUAUUUACUCAGUACCAGAUCAAGGCUCCAGUUGAGUACACAGUGUGGAUUAAAUUGCUACUUAAAUAGCAAGCUUUCGUUUUCUUGAUUUAUAGUGCAAAUCUCUGUUUUGAAACCUAUGAUUUACUGCCAGGUUCUUUAUUAUUAAGAAUGCAACAUACCAUAGAUUGUUCAGCCUAUGAAUGCGAUCAAACCAUUCAAAUGAAACCUCUAUAGCAAAACAAUCAUAUGGUGCUAUUUCUUAGUAUAUGAAAUUUCACAUAUUUUGUUGACGUGUGAUUUUUCCCUGUCUCACAAUUGCAAUGUUUAAUCUUUAGUUUGUUUUUCAAAUAACUGUUUUUAGAUUCUCCAAGUUCCUCUUCACCAUGCUGCAGAAUAUGGUCAUCUGGCCUGCUUAGAAGCUCUUUUGAGACAAGGUGCUGAUGUUAAUUCUAAGACAGCAGAAGGAUGGACAGCUCUGCACUCAGCAGCAUUGUAUGGAAGGACGUCUUGUGUGGAGGCUCUAAUCAGGUGCUUAUUGAGACCUUAUUUGCACCUUUUUUAAUAAGAUUGUUGUAUUUAAUUUAUUUCUUAGAUGUACCUUAAUAUCCAACAAACCUGUUUAUUCUGAAUUUACAGUGAGAUCUUCUACUGAGUCAGACUCAGCUCUAGUGACAUUUUGGCAUACAGUGUAUCUGAGCUGGACCUAAAUUUUGAGCUUACGGAGAAACCUCUGUGGUGUGCUCAUGUCAGUGAAAUCUUUUCAGUUGUUCUACCACAGGGGUAAAUUUGUAUUUAACAUUUUUCAAAGGGAGUUAUUAAUUUUUUUACCAAUUGAAGAGGUGCUCCAAGAAAACAACAAGUGAAUUGAUAACCUUCUAGACUCUCUCAUAAGGCCCUGUCCACACAAAUGCAUUUUCAGUAGCAUGCAUUUUUUUUGUCAUGGAAGACACAUCAAUUGAAUCUUGUCCACACGACUGAUCUGAUACGUUUUCGACUAUGUACUCAAAAACAUUUGAAAAUGAUAGAAUUGUAUGUUGUGAUGUAAGUUGAACUUGAUGUGCAUGCUACAAUCACAUGCCCCUGUAAUAUUUUCUGUCAUCAUUUUCAUUUUGAUGCAUUUUCAACUGUCCACACAAAUUCGUGUUCUCGUUUUGAUCCACCUUCAAGAGCGUUUUCAAAUCAGUGAGUUAUCCAGGAAAGCGCUUAGCAUAUUAGUGUGAAUGGAAGGCCUCGAGAUGUAUGUUAAAAGUUAUAAUAGGCCUUCAAAAGUUUUUCACUCACAAAACCCCUUCAAUUUCAGUUGGCACAGUGUGGAGCACAUUACAAAAGGAUUAAAUUUUUUGAUGAUAUAUACCUGUAUAAUAAUUUCCUUUUUUGAACAUUUACUGGUCAGAGUUUUCAGAAGUGUCCAUCUCACAAGCUGAACACCUAGCUAAAUUGUGUAGUGAUAUGCCAAGCUUAAAGAAAUGUGUUGACGUUACGAAAAAGUUACAUGAGAGUUGCAUUAAGAACCACAAAAAUUCUACUCUCCCAAAAGGGCAAGGUUAUAAUCUAUCUUUACUACCUUGUACAUGCUGGAAUGCAGACACGUAAGCUUCUUAUCUAUAUUGUUACAACUUCUGUGGUCAUGCAACCGUUGUACAGAAAUCCCUUAUUUUGCUUUGCUAUCCCUUUUCUUUUUGCUUGUGAACUCCCAUACUCGUCUUCUCAAUAAUUUUCCUUGACUUAAAAGGGAAUUUUAAUCAGAUUGAAAAUUUAGGUUUUGUAUUGUUAGUUUAUCUUGACUUGUUCACCAUUUACUUCUAAGGCAAAUUGGCAUUAUAAACAAUGAGAAGCUCUGUGAUGUGUUUCUUCUGAAAGCACUUCAAACUCUCCAGUUGGUGAAUCAUACUCGUGACUGAUAUGACCAAUUGUAUGAAAGCUAACACUGAGCAGUACUUUUCUUAGGUACUGUUUAGUGCAGUUAUCUUUUCAGUUGACUUUGUAUGAAGUUGAAAAAAGUUGGGAUAAAAGCUACUGUGCAGUUCUUUCCUGUGGUUCUGUUUAUUAUGCUAUACAAAAUGGUUCUUAUUUUUGAAUCCAUAAUUUUUAGAGACUGUCAAUUCAAGUGAAGGUGUACUUUCCUGUGGUGCUGUUUAUCAUGCUAUGCAAUGUGGUUCUUAUUGUUGAAUCCAUAAAUUCAAGUGAAGGUGUACUUUCCUGUGGUACUGUUUGUCAUGCUGUUCAAUGUGAUUCUUAUUUUUGAAUCCAUAAAUUCAAGUGAAGGUGUACUUUCUUGUGGUACUGUUUAUUAUGGUACACAAUGUGGUCCAUAAAUUUUAGAGUGACAAUUCACGCUACGGUGUACUUCCCUGUGGUACUGUUUAUUAUUUUGUACAAGGCAGUUUUCCAUGGUUCAAAAUACAGUGGAUACAAGUAAUGGUCCGACGUAUUUUUCAGAUUUAUUCAAUGACUGACUUAAUUCUUGUAUUUUGCAGAUAUGGUGGUGAUGUGGAUGCUAAAACAGUGUGUGUAACCCAAGGGACGUCUUAUAAUGAUACACCAUUACAUUUAGCAGCAAGACAUAGUCAUACAAUGUGCAUCAAAAGACUUAUUCAAGCUAAUGCCAAUUUAUGGACUCAAAAUUGCCUUGGAUUAACAGCGGAAAGAUUUGUGACUGAUUCAAGACUUCGAGACUGGAUGGAAAAUAUCCAGCGAAGGCCAAGAACACUUCAGCUACAGUGUUCUGCGGCAAUCAGGAACUACCUUAAACCAGACAAAACAAAGAAUGCCAUGAAACUUCCUCUGCCAAUGCAUCUUUUGAGACAAGUACUUUUUGAACAAGAUAUCAAAAUUGUAUAGCAUCAAAUUAUCAUAAUAUUACUAUUAUUAUUAUUUUUAUCAUUAUCAUCAUAAUAGUAUUUACAGAAUGCCAUUAUGGGAGGCUCUGGUAUUAAUAUUAUCAUCCAUAAAUUUGAAUGCCCAAAAUAUCAGUGGUGACUACUUUAUAGAAGAUGGUGUUUUUUUUGACAUUUUUGACAUGAAACAGGUAAACAGGGCCAAGAAUUUACCAUUAUUGUAUUUGUUGUGGGGAUUCAAUUUGCAGAUUGGUAGUUUAGGAGGAUCCAAUAACGGUGAAUUGGAAAUGGUGUGAAAAUUACCUCAGUUAAUGAACCCACAACAUUGUCUUGGAAUGAUAAUUGGGACCACACAAGUUAUAAUUAUGUAGUCUGCGUCUCAGAUGUAAUUAAACCCCCGCAAGUCACAUUGCGAAGUUUAAUUUUGUCUGUGGUGCAGGCCAAAGCUAUGCAGUUGCGGGGGUAACAAAAUUUAUUUUCAAGAGUUCUCUGAGACAUUUCAGAAUGACUGUGGUAAGAAAGUUUCAGCAUUUGUUGCACCUCAAAUUGUUAAAAUUUGGAUUCUAGAUCAAAACUACUUACAACUAAAAACCUUUAAAUCCUAGUAUUCUUCAAAAGUAAAUUCAAAGGUAACUUGAAUUACCACGCAAUUAUUACAUCAAGAAGUUUGAAUUUGCAUGUGAUGUAAAUCCUAUGUCAUGGUUGGGUCUCAAGAGAAGUUAUAUUCAGUUACAUCCUGUUCUGCAUAGCAACUGUGAGAAAUGGGGGUUUAACUGUUACUCUCCGAGGUAAAAUAAAAUGUGACAAAAAUUCCAAAUUUAAUUUGGUCAUGUGCUGAAAAGAAGUUAGUACUUUGUGUACGUACUCCCAAUUAGAUUUGAUUUGAAUUUUCACACCACAAGAUUUCUUCCACAGACAUCAAAGUAUGCAAGCAUCUAACAUGACCCCCAUCAUUCACUUUGAGAGUGAAAGGGUGUACAAAACACAGAGCAUGGUUACGAGAACAGUGGUCUCUACUCACUCUUCACUGCUACCGACAGAAAUUCCAAAUUUAUGAUGUAAAUCAAUAUUUAGGUUAUAAAUUUGAUUGUAAUGGGGGUCCAAAUGUAAGUUUGUUUGAUUUUAUGUUUCUCGCCUUGAUUAUGGGUUUGUGUUUUGCAAACAAGCUCCAGCAAAACUCAAAUGCUUCUUCUAAAGAAGAAUACAUUCCAUAAAAUAUUCACUGUUUUUUAGUUUAUUAAUCACAUUUACACUUGGUCUAGCUUUGAGACCCUGUGUCUUUUGUCUGUCGUUCGUAAACAAUAGCUAAAACAAUGUAACUACUACCUCGACCAAUCAGAACUCGUAGCCAUAUUCCGGACAGAUUUUAAGUCAUUAGAAUGGAAUUUCUGUCGUUGAAGUGCAGACGUCCCACUCGGCGAAACUUCUCUAGUGGCGAGAAGUGAGGAGAGAUCGUUGUUUUCGCAGGCUACAUCAUUGUUGCCAAACAAGUCGUUGUUGAAUGUUAGCCACUGCAGUCAAGUCUUUAAACCCUCAUUUUAGAGUUGGCCCCUGUCCUUUUUCUUUCAUAUUCUUGAGGUAUGUACAAAGGAAAGUUCUCUAACACAGGUACGUCGUUCCAUAGCCCGUAAGUUACACCUGGAAGAAAUUUUCCUCCGUAUUUUGGCAUGACAUCUUACAAUGCACUGGACAGCAAUUUUUUCCACUUUGUUUUGAGUAUGGAUGUUUUACUUUUUCAAUUUUGUUUCACAAAAAUGAGAACCACCGAAUUCUUGUAGAAGAAGUUAUUUUAUAAUAAUACUCCAUUUUUGGGUGCCCUGUUUUAUUUUGUUGAAUGCAGUAUUUCAUAAUCUACUUAACUUUUGGAAACGUUGUCAUUUACUUUCGAAAUCUAAACUAGAAAUAUUUCUAAUGGCGCUCAUAAAUAUAACAACUGAUUAUUUGGUGAUAGUUCCUUGGCAAAUAUAGUUUUGUCUGAUAAGAUUCUACCGAGUCGCUCAUUUUUUCCAAGGAUAUAAUAGCUCCUGAAGGAAAUACAGUAAAAACCUGCGACUAAGAGUAUGGAUUUUCCCAAGUUAGCCUAAACAGUCUCUUACAUAAAUAGUAAUAAACACAAAUUAAGGAUAUGUAGGUUCUUAAAUAGGUUCUUAUUUUCUGAAGAAAGAAAUACGUUGAAGAUAAGAGUAUUGGUUUUAUUCAGCUUGUUUAUAAAAUCUGCACACCAUUACAUUGCAGUUGGAGUGAUAACAUACCUAUGUCUCCAAAGAGGAUUGUGAAUGUAGACUUACGUUAUUUGCCCAAGUGUACAGAGUUUUUUAUACAGAUUUUAGAAAAUAAGAACCUGUUUCAAACUUUAGGCUAAACAGGCUCUUACAGAGAGGGGGCCUAGCUUAACAGGUUCUUAAAAACCAGGUUCUUAGUCGUUUGUUUUACUGUUGGUUAUUAGGAAACCUUUUUUAACACCAAAUAGUCAGGCAAUAUAAUAGCUAUUUAAUAGUCACACUACACCUGUGGCAUGCCAUGCUUUCUAAUGUUUUGCUCCCUGUAUCACCGAGAGGAAAAAGUUAGGAUGAGUUUCCCUGUAUUUACCAGCCAUCAUAUGAAGCAGGUGCAUAAAAGUAACAUGAAAAAGCGGGGUACGAGGGGGUAGGGAACUUGCCCCGCUCAUUCUUGCGCCUAUGUUACCUUCAGGCUUCUGCCAGGAAGGCUGUAGAUUUGCUUGCUGACCUUAUUUUUUAAAAGCUGUCGCAUUUAAUAGUUAAUGACUGGCGUUCAUGAUCAAGUAAACACUUAAUUCAAAGCAAGACUUCUCCUCCCAAGAUAAGUUGAAAUUGGCAUUUUAUACGAAUCCUUGCGAACAUUUGUAUUCAUCUCGUAUAAUAAUAUUGUCUCCAUUUGUGAGAGACAACUGAGGAAUAUUGAAUUGGAACAAAUAAAGUAGCAGACUAUAAAGAAG